AUGAGUCGAGAGGCAACAAAACGCUAUGAGACCAUCAAGCAUUUGGGUGAAGGACAGUUCGCCAACGUUUACAAAGCGAAGGACAAGGAGACGGGUGAUUUCGUUGCGAUCAAGAAGAUCAAACUGGGUUCAAGGGCCGAGGCUAAGGACGGCAUCAACAGAACGGCGCUCCGUGAAAUCAAGCUCUUACAGGAGAUCCAUCACGAUAACAUAAUAGGGUUACGUGACGUCAUCGGGUCUCGGACUAAUAUCCAAUUGCAUGUCGUCAAAGACCGCGACAUCAUUCUCAUGCCUCCACACAUCAAAAAUAUGGCAAUGCAGACGUUAUUGGGCUUGGAAUUUCUCCAUGCUCAUUGGAUUCUGCACAGGGACUUGAAACCCAAUAACCUGCUGAUGAACAGUGCUGGCAGGAUAAAAUUAGCGGAUUUUGGUUUGGCUCGAUUUUUCGGAUCACCGAAUAAGGUGUACACGCAUCAGGUGGUCACUCGUUGGUAUCGUGCCCCAGAGCUGAUUUGGGGGGCAAGAGCAUAUGGAACUGGUGUGGACAUGUGGGCGAUGGGCUGCAUCAUUGCCGAACUACUUCUUCGCGUACCGCUGUUCCCAGGUGAAUCCGAUUUGGACCAACUGGUGAAAAUCACCCACGUGCUCGGAUCGCCCACCGUAGAAGAUUGGCCGGCGAUGAAGAACCUCUCGGAUUAUAUCGCUGUGAAAGAAAAGGUUGGAAUCAACCUCCGGCAUGUGUUUACGGCUGCCGGUGAAGAUCUAAUCGACCUGUUGCUAGGCUGCUUCGCCUACGAUCCCUUAAAACGUCUCACUGCCUCAGAAGCGCUUCAAUGCCCGUAUUUCAGGUCUGUUGAGUUUUUGCUAGUGAGGCAGCGUUCCAAGGGGCCUUUCUAUUUCGGAACCAAUGCUAUGCCUCAUACUUAUUUGCGACCAACUGUCCUAUAUGUCCUAUAUGUUUGCAAAGCAUAUGUAACGAGGAAGUCAAUAGGAAUCCCACGUGGGGCUGGAACACCCGGACUAUGGAUAGUAAUAGUGGUCGCAACACAAAUGGACAGUAACGAGCCGCUGUGCUGUCUGGAUGAGGAGCUGCCGCUGCCGGCCCGUGCAGGCGGUGGUCCGCAGUUGAAACGGGCGACGACUUCGCGACGACGUGUCGCCGCCCCGUCUCAACAUUUGAAUUUGUCCUUUUUUGUGGCAAUUUCACGUGCUUCGUUGAAGAUCCUCCAUGCUGUUUCCUUCACUGGUAAUUUGUUUUGA